AUGACACGCGCCGCUGCCGCUAGCCUACGUGGCCUGGUCGGCAUUGCAGCGGCGGGCCGGCGGCGGGUGAGCGCCUCCGUGCAGGGCCGGGGCGCGUCGCCCGGGUGGCGCGGCUUCCGGGCCGUGGCCCCAGGCUCCGGGGGCAGGACGACGCCUGAACCCUCCUAUUCGCCCACGCCGGCUCUUCCGCAGCUGCAGCCGCGGCGCGGCUUGGCGACGAGGCAAGCGGUGCUGCCCGGCUUGAUUAGCGGCGGCUGCGAGAGUGAGGAUGGUAAGCUCAGCUGUGGAUACUCAAGUUUUAAGGGGAGGAGACCUACUAUGGAGGAUCGCUAUGACAUGAAGUUUGCAAACGUCGAUGGACAGGCAGUUAGCCUGUUUGGUGUGUUUGAUGGCCAUGCAGGACCACUUGCUGCUGACUAUCUAAAGGAAAACCUGCUUGACAACGUAAUGAAGCACCCUCAGUUCCUCGAAAACCCAAAGCUUGCUCUGAAGACGACCUUCCUGAAAACUGAUGCUGAUUUCUUAGAGGCGGUAUCCAUUCCUUAUAGACAGGAUGGUUCGACAGCUUUGGCUGCUGUAUUGAUCGGUGACCAAUUGUAUGUAGCAAACGUUGGCGAUUCACGUGCUAUUGCUUUAAAAGGCGGCAAAGCUAUAUCACUCUCAGAUGACCAUAAACCUAACAGAAAAGAUGAGCAAACGAGAAUUGAGAAUGCUGGAGGUAGCGUUAGUUAUGAUGGUUAUACUUGGAGGGUUGAUGGAAUUCUGGCAAUGUCCCGUGCAUUUGGCAAUCGUGCAUUGAAGAAAUAUGUGAUAGCAGAACCUGAUUUUCAGGAAGUAGAGGUCAACAGUGAUUUUGAAUUCCUGGUUCUCGCUACAGAUGGUCUUUGGGAUGUUGUGCGAAAUGAGGAUAUUAUUUCACUUAUGAGAGCAACAGAAGGGACCGAGGCAGCGGCCUUGAAGCUGACGGAAUUGGCCUACUCUCGGCACAGCUCUGAUAACAUCACAUGCAUCGUGGUGCAAAUUCACCAUUGAAAACCGUAGGAUAAAUAUACCUGACAGAGGUCGAUGGUAGCGAAGUUUUGUUGCUCUAUUUUUUUUGUGUUACUUGAUAUCCUGAAAGUAUGGUGAUCUGCGACGUCUAUGAAAAAGUUUUUCUUCUAGGAAAUGUAUACGUCUGAUUUCCUGUGAAA